AUGUACUUAAUCGCUGCCGCGCUGGCCAUGCUGGGCGCUGCCUAUGCCUCCGUGCCCCUCUACCGCCUCUUCUGCCAGGCCACUGGGUUUGGAGGGACGACGCAGAGGAAAGAGGUGCGGGGGGGAGGAGGAAUGGGGGAAAGAGUGGGGACCGGGACGGUGGAGGAGAAGGUGGCACGGCAGAAUGCACACAACACUGCAGCGCCUGCCAGGGAGCUGGUAAUUCAUUUCAAUGCUGACGUGGCAGAGGGGCUGCCGUGGCGCUUCAUCCCCACACAGAGAGAGGUUCGGGUGAGGCCCGGCCAGAGCACGCUCGCGUUCUACACAGCGCACAACAAGAGCGACAAGCCCAUCACAGGCGUCAGCACCUACAACGUGUCUCCCAUGAAGGUAAGUGUGCGCCACUCGUGGUGUGCUGCUCUUGGUGUGCCGCCCAUAGUGUCCGGCCAUGUCUUGAAGGCGGGCAUCUAUUUCAACAAGAUCCAGUGCUUCUGCUUCGAGGAGCAGCGCCUUCAGCCCGGAGAGACCAUCGACAUGCCUGUGAGUGGGAGAGACCAUUGA